CUCCCAAGCCUACCUUCCCUUGGAACUCUUCCAGAUUCCAGCUAGUUUCUCCUUCCUGAGCUUUGAAGUCUCAGGUGCUGCGUGUGAAGUGGAUCAGCACCUGCCCUCGGCGAGGGAGGAGAGCAAGUGUUUCAGGGAAGUCCAAAGUGUCCAGGGAUCAUCAGCAGGGUUUGAACUGAGAAACUUCAGCAUCAAACCAGAGAUCUUGGCCAUUUGAUCCUAAGAAGUAACUCCAUCAGCGGGGAGCAGUAGCAGGCAGUUAUCCUCUGUGGAUCAGCUACCAAGGGGAAGGAAUGUAAAACACACUGAACAAUGGUGGGAGUCCCAAGCAUGAAGCCACUGCAGAAUUGGACCCAGAGAAAGUCAGACUUCUCAGCUGGGUAAAUACAAGACCACUCCUGUAAGUCUUUGGGAAGCAUAUUGGCUUGAAGUAGGAUUUCUGUUUAGAGGUUACAUUAUGCUCCAGUGUCUCAGGAGUUUGUCGUGUUGCUGAAAACCUGUCCUGCACAGGACCCCAGUGGAGAACUGCUUGGAACCAGGCCCCUCCAUGUUGGCACAGCAAUUCCUGCUCUUCUGCUGAGGCAUCCUGAAUGUCUCCUCUUUGUGUGCUGGAUACCUGGGCAAUAGCGUUAAAGGAUGGCUAUGUAGCUUCUUGACCACAAAGCUGGCAGACGGUGCCCACUACUCCCACCUCUUCCUCACCUAGGAUUUAUAGUCUCUCUCUCUUUUUUUUUUUUUUUUACAUUUCUAAAGUAGGUUUUAAAAGAUUAAACAUUUUUCAAAAACAGUUCUCAAAAAUGACAAGCCUGUUCCGGCGGAGCAGCAGCAAUGGCAGCUCGAGGAAUAGCUCUUCCGCCCAGGAACUCAACAACAGCCGGCCCACCAGGCAGGUGCGACGGCUGGAAUUCAACCAGGCCAUGGAGGAUUUCAAGACUAUGUUCCCCAAUAUGGAUUAUGACAUUAUUGAAUGUGUUUUGAGGGCUAACAAUGGAGCUGUGGACGCCACCAUUGACCAGCUCUUACAGAUGAAUUUAGACGGCAGCGGUUAUGAUGACAGCUCGGACUCAGAUGACAGUAUUUCCCCAGAGAUUUUGGAGCGGACACUGGAACCUGACAGUUCGGAUGAAGAGCCUCCUCCUGUCUACUCGCCCCCUGCCUAUGAUAUGCAUGUCUUUGACCGGCAGUAUCCACAAGCUCCACUGAGCCCCUCUCCCAGGAUUGAUGUACCCAAUUCCACUGGCCCUCAGGUGCACAGACGGUACAGGAACUGGAAUCCACCAUUGCUAGGCAACCUUCCUGAUGAUUUUCUUCGCAUCCUACCCCAGCAGAUGAACAGUGUGCAGAGUUCACAAAGUUGCCAUCAGACUGUGCCGGGCGAGGGCAGCCAGAGAUCCCAGGGCUCCUUGGACCAAGAGAGGAAGUGGAAACAGUACCUGGAAGAUGAGCGAAUUGCGCUCUUCUUACAGAACGAAGAGUUCAUGAAGGAGCUCCAGAGGAACCGGGAUUUUCUCCUGGCCCUUGAGAGAGAUCGACUGAAGUAUGAGUCAAAAAAAUCCAAGUCGACCAGUGUUGCCGUCAGUAAUGAUUUCAGCUUUUCUUCUAUACAACCAGGUGACAUAGCCCCUGUAACCAGCGAGGCCAGCAGUGCUGUGUCUGAAGAUGCCUUAUUCAGGGACAAAUUGAAACACAUGGGAAAAUCUACACGCAAGAAGCUGUUUGAACUUGCCAGGGCUUUCUCAGAGAAGACCAAGAUGAAGAAGUCAAAAAGAAAACACUUACUGAAGCACCAGGUGAUGGGGACAGCAGCUUCCACAGCUAAUCUUCUCGAUGAUGUUGAAGGACACUCAUGCGAUGAGGAUUUCCAAGCAAGAAGGCAGCAGCUACACGAGGAAGAGGAGAGGCCAAAAGAAGGACAAUAAAUGAUCCCAGAUCCAUUGCCUGAACUGGGCUUUAUUUGUUAAAGUCUUAAUAAGAAGAUGGCUGCAAAGAAAAAAGCAAUUUCCUUGGCUCUCCCCACUAUCAUCCUCUUCUGAAGUACAAGUAUUAAAGUGAGGCACACAUUUUUCUUCCCAGCGGGUUUGAAGACACCUCUUUCCUAUCCAGCAAAUGCAACCAAAACUCAGCAGCUGAUCUGAAUUUUUUCUCAGUCACUGCGGUGAAGAUAACGGAUUUCAAGCUUAUGGGAAUAAUGGCCUAUCCCCCACCCUCUUUGAUAUAAACAUGGUUUGGAUAUGAAUUAAAAACAAUAAUAACAAUAAUACAUUGAACAGCUGGGCUCUGGCUUGCCCAUUUUUAAACAUAUCACUGUAGCAAUCUGUGUAACUUUACGCACAUAAAAAAAGACCUGAAAAAUGUUGUUUAUUAUUGUUGUUACUAAGAGUUAAUAAGUCAGGAUCCAGAUCAGGUAAUAGGCAGGAUAACAUAAAUUGUCUUUUUAAAAAGAGAAGGCCUUCUCCUGGGCAUCUCACACUGAAUUAAACCUUUGCCUCAGGCAUUGAUAAAAAUGCCUUGAACUAGACACCAAGCUGGGGCCAGUUUCUCCUCCAAUGUACCACUUUUUCUAGCUUUGUGCUGCUGCUCUUGUGAUAUUAUGGUACCUUUACAGAGCAGGAAUAGGGGGUGGGAGAGGGCUGAAUUUCAAAGCUGUUUUGUUCUCACUGCUGAUCUCUGAAUGAGCACAUAUCCCACGGGUUCUCAUUUGGAUUGUUCAUGACAGUUGGCUGCUCACUAUGUAGCAGGCAAUGAGUUUUGGCUGUCUGGAAACACUUACCAGAUUAGAUGGGAGGGGAUUGUAGAUGGGGGCCUUAUUUGAUUCACCUCUGAGUUUGUACAUCAGAGGCUAAAUCCUGCUUAUUGUGAGUCUCACAGUUGACUUCAGUGGGAUCAGAAUUGGGCCUCAGGUUGAGACAUGAGUGGGUUUUCUCUAGCUGAGCUCUCAUGGUCUAUGGGGACAGACCUGAGAGCAGUUCUUAUAACAUGAAAUGAAGAGGAGAUUGGUUCAGAGCUCGCCCAUCAGUGUGAGGAUGACAUUCCUCCUCCAGGAGAGAGCUUGGAAUCUGGUGGCACAGUGGAACAUUGUGGGAAUUAAAAGUAAUGCUCAAAUCGUAGAAAUUGAAUUGGCUAAAAAAAUAAAAUAAAAUAAAAAAAUUCCUUCUCUGUGCUACUAACAGCAGUGUCAAUAACUGAAAUAAUUCCCCUCAAGCAAGUUUUCUUUUCUGCAUCAAUACUGUCUAUUUACUUCUCAGCUUGAGUAGAGAGAAUAGACUAGUCCAUCUCACUUUCUGCGUCCCAUGCAGUAGCACAAGCGCUGCAACAUUUGGGUUGCAAAAGCAGCAGGAAGACGCACCGAUCCAAGCAAUCAGUCCAACAAAAACCUAUUUUCAUUGCCUUUCUAUUAGGCUUCGUAACAAAAGCCCACAUUGCAGACUUAAACUCCCUGACAGGCUCCUUUCAAAAUCUGCUGGAGAAUCUGUAUGCCUUUGAAGCAUGUGCCAAGACUGAUUCUUUUUAAAAGUUGCUGAGCAUGAGGCUCUUGUUCCAUGCACCUGGCAUUCAAUCAAGCUACUCAAUGGAAACAUGAAGGCAGUGGUGGGUUUCCUCGUCUGGGCCUGAGUAAUUUGAUACUGUUCAGAACUAGUAGGGAUGAGCACAAGUGGAUUCAGGCACACACAGCAUUUCCUUUCAGGUUUCAGAGUAGCAUUUCCUUUCAGUGCAGGACUUUGAGUCUGUGUGGCAUGGAGUUUCAAGAGGUUCCUGAUGAAAGGGUCCAUGUGUCUAUUGCUGAAGAGAGACAUCCUCCUGGCAGAACGUGAUUUGGAUACUACACUAACACCUCGACUGUCGCUAUUGUGCCCCUGACCUCCCAGUCAGAACAUGAGCUGCUACAAACCCCAAACAGUACAGUGGGCAAGUGCAUGCAGGCUUGAAUCACAAUGCGGACAGCAGCCAUGCCUUGGGAUCCCAGCAACUUUUGUGGUUCUCAAACACUAAAGAUCCUCUAAAGACUCGACUCCCCCUCCCCACACCCCGAGCCUGUUUUUGGUGUCUGUUCCUUUAAAAAAAUAAAAGGGAGAGGAGCAUCAAUGAGUCUUUUGGUAAAACUUCCUGAGUGGCGGGAGAAAUUUGUCUGCUUCAAGGACCAGAAUAGUUUCAAAUGAGGCCAUCUGUGCUCAGA